AUGGAUUUUAUAACAACAAGCAGCAACGACAGCAACGAGACAACGAGCGGGUACCCAAAAGGGAGGGACGUGGUGGCCGACUGGGUUGGAGGUGAGAAUGGCACGGAGUCUGGGCUUUUGCCAGAUCUGAUGCUGAGUUACCAGAUUAUCACCUCUUUGCUCUUGGGGGCCCUCAUCCUGUGCUCCAUAUUUGGCAAUGCCUGCGUCGUAGCAGCCAUCGCCCUGGAACGAUCUCUCCAGAAUGUGGCCAACUAUCUGAUCGGAUCCUUGGCUGUUACAGACUUGAUGGUAUCAGUGCUGGUGUUGCCAAUGGCAGCCCUCUACCAGGUUUUGAACAAGUGGACUUUGGGACAGGAGAUCUGUGACUUAUUCAUCUCUCUUGAUGUACUGUGUUGCACAUCCUCCAUUCUGCAUCUGUGCGCAAUUGCUUUGGACAGAUACUGGGCCAUAACAGACCCUAUUGACUAUGUGAAUAAACGAACACCAAAGCGAGCUGCACUCUUGAUUUGCGCCACUUGGCUAAUUGGUUUCUCCAUCUCCAUCCCGCCUAUGUUAGGAUGGAGAAGCGCAGAAGACAGGGCGAACCCCGACGCCUGCAUGAUCAGCCAGGACCCAGGUUACACCAUCUACUCCACGUUUGGAGCUUUUUACAUCCCCCUUAUUCUCAUGCUGGUUCUGUACGGGCGGAUAUUCAAGGCUGCGCGGUUUCGGAUUCGAAAGACCGUGAAGAAAACCGAGACAGCAAAAGUUUCAGACAGGUGCUUGGCUGUGUCUCCGUCCUUCUUUCACAAGAAAGCCAACGGGGAGACCCGUGGCAAAGCUUGGAAGCGCUGUGACGAGUCCAAGCCCAGCUCCCCGUGCGUAAACGGCGCCGUGAAGCACGGAGAGGAGGGCGAAUCGCUCGAGAUCAUAGAAGUUAUCAGCAACUCCAAGACGCACUUACCUUUGCCCAAUACCCCUCAGUCGUCCUCACACGGCUGUGAAAACAUGAAUGAAAAGAACUCUGGGGCGAAGAGAAAGCUGGCGCUGUCCAGGGAACGUAAGACGGUGAAAACCCUCGGGAUCAUCAUGGGAACUUUCAUCUUCUGCUGGCUGCCCUUUUUCAUCGUAGCUCUGGUUCUGCCUUUCUGUGCAGAGAGCUGCUACAUGCCCGACUGGCUGGGUGCCGUUAUAAACUGGCUUGGCUAUUCUAAUUCUCUUCUGAACCCCAUCAUAUAUGCCUACUUCAACAAAGACUUUCAAAACGCUUUCAAGAAAAUCUUAAAAUGCAAAUUCCACAGACCGUAA